AUGGCAAUUUGUAAAGGUGCUAUCGGGAUCAGAACAACUCACUUUGCAUUUAUGAUUAUGAGGCUUGGCUUUUACAUUAGUCCUGUUAAAGGCUGAUAUGCAGGAGAGAGAGGUGCAUGCUCUCUGGACAGCCCGAGGGAAUCUGAAAGAUUAGUUUUUCCUAUUCCAUUUUGUGAUAGCGAAGAAGCUUUAGUUGCCACACGACUUCAAGUAAUAAACAAAUCUCCACACAUGAACCUUCGGAGUUGGCAAUAUUGCCAACAAGAGUACUCUGAUAAUCAAGACAAGUCUGUGGGCCUGAUCAUAUAA